CGCCAAAUCGGGCUCAUACAAAAGUGACAGAGCACAAGGAGAACUGACAGAUGAGCCGGAGAAAGAAAGGCAGUAGAGAAAGAGGGGAGGGCCAGACCGAGAGAGGAGGCAGACGCUGUUAGCUUUCUUUGCUGCCAGUUUGCUGUUAUUCAGUUAGUGGCCAGUGAUGGGGGAUCCUGCCACCCUGCUCGAGUGCGUUACAUCUCCUGUCGUCACAGCGAUCCCUAGGUUGAUAGCUGGGGUAACGCAAGAUGCUACCAAAACCUCAUCAGCCAAUAAGAAUGGGAAGAAGGCGGACUCUGGGUCCAGCAGCAGCUUCUUCACAUGGUUUAUUGUCCUGGCUCUGCUGGGUGUGUGGACCUCUGUAGCUGUGGUCUACUUCGAUCUGGUCGACUAUCAGGGAGUCCUUGACAAGGCUAAGGGCUUACAAAUUAACCUGUCUGAGGCCUUGCAAGGUAAACUGGUCGCAUACGAUACAGAUGGCGAUGGUGAUUUUGAUGUCGAGGAUGCUAAAGUUCUCCUAGGGCUCAAAGAGAAGGCUGUGGUGGUAACCUCCCGAAGCGAAGAAGCUGCCUACCCAGGGAAGACUCCGGAAGACGAACCCGCCCGACCAGCUGUUGUUGAGCCUGAACCUGAGAUUGUGGAGGAUGUGGUUGAAGCUGCUGUAGCAGAGGACACCUCUGCCCCUCCAGCAGAGCCUGAACCCGAGGUGGUACCUGAGGCAGAACCUGAACCCGAGGCUGAACCGGAACCCGAACCCGAGGUUGAGGAGGUUAUUGAGGAAGAUCCAGAGGUGCUAGAGGAGGAGCUUCCUGCUCUCGAAGAGGAGUUCCCUGUGGAGGAGGCCCCUGAGGCUGAACCUGUGGAGGAGGUGGAAGAGGAGGCAGCAGCUGAAGAGGACAUGGCAAUAGAGCCAGCUGUGGUGGAGGAGGAGGAGGAGGCCAUUGAACCAGCUGUGGAGGAACCUCUGGCAGAGGUGGAGGCUGCAUUUGAAGACACUGAUGAAGAGGCUGGUGCUGAACAGGUGGCAUCAGAGGUUGAUGCUGUCGAGGAGCCAGCUGAGGAGGAGCCAGCAGCUGAGGAAGAGCCAGCAGCUGAGGAAGAGCCAGCAGCUGAGGAAGAGCCAGCAGCUGAGGAAGAAGCAGUUGCUGAGGAAGAGGAACCUGCAGAAGAAGCUGUGGAAGAGGAGGCGGCACUCGCAGAGGAAGAGGAGGCAGCACCCGCAGGGGAAGAGGAGGCAGCACCUCUAGAAGAAGCUGUGGAAGAGGAAGUUGCACCAUUGGAAGAAGAGGAGGCAGCACCUUCAGAAGAAGCUGUGGAGGAAGAGGCAGCACUGGAGGAAGAGGCAGCACCUGUGGAGGCGGCACUGGAGGAAGAGGCAGCACCUGUGGAGGCAGCACUGGAGGAAGAGGCAGCACUGGAGGAAGAGGCAGCACCUGUGGAGGCAGCACUGGAGGAAGAGGCAGCACCUGUGGAGGCAGCACUGGAGGAAGAGGCAGCACCUGUGGAGGCAGCACUGGAGGAAGAGGCAGCACCUGUGGAGGCAGCACUGGAGGAAGAGGCAGCACCUGUGGAGGCAGCACUGGAGGAAGAGGCAGCACCUGUGGAGGCAGCACUGGAGGAAGAGGCAGCACCUGUGGAGGAAGAGGAGGCAGCAUCCUCAGAAGAAGCUGUUGAGGCAGAGGCAGGUCCAGAAGCAGUAGAGGAGGAGCAGAAAGAGCCAGAGGCAGAAGCACAGGAAGUAGAGGAAGCAGUAGCAGAAGCAGCUGUGUUUGAGACAGAGGAACAGAUUCAGGAUGAGACCAUAGAAACGUAGAGCCUGCUGUGGUCGUCGUGGUGACGGAGCAGGGACCCACUGACCUUGCAUAAGCACCGUCUAUGCUCGCUCAGAGCAGUGAUGCACCUCUCCACCCCCAGAGAAACAAUUGAGUCGUCAUGACAACACUCUCCCCAUCCCUCUGUUCUCACAUCUCCCUUAUACUUUCCUCUUGCUGUUGGUUUGUGAUGAUCUUUGAAUUGUUCCAUGAUCUGGUACUCCUGAUUCUACCCUUUUUUUCUUUAAGUAGAUAGUCCAUUUUCUUUUUGUCGGGGGGGGGGGGGGUCAGUGUGAAUCGGCUCCACCUUCAGUCUGCAGUCAAUCUGUAGAGCUGGAACUUAAUGUGGAAGUCUCAUUGACGUAGUCUGGCUUCCUGGAUGUGAAUCUGUUGCCAGGGGAGCUCAGGCUGCUGAGACGGUGUAGCAGCCAGCUGUUUGACACGCCUCUGCUCCAGCCUCCCAGUAUAACUGUCUCUCUGUGGCAGCGCUGAUCAGAGGUCAUUCCACUCAGCUGUGUUUAGUUCUGCUCUGUGUUUCUAUGCAAAGCUGUGGUGGUGUCUGCCCCCCUCCACCCACCCAGCCAUUUACCUACCACUCAGUAUGUGUUGAAUCCAGGAUGAGCCGUGUGCUAGCAUGUGAAGGAGAGCGUGUGUGUGUUGGUGUGUAUGAGCAUGUUCUUGUGUGGGCGAGUCUCUUUUACUAGUCAGACCUUUGUGUGAGCCGUUAAUGUCAUGAAGUCGUUUUUGUGACCUGUAGACUUUUUCUUCUGGUGUGUUGUACCUCUCCCUUUACCUCUGUGUGAGUUGUGUAGAAUCCUAGCUGUUCUUUAUUUUUUUCUCAUUUCCUGUAAUGACUACCAAGACCAUCUAACUAGACUAAAAAAUAAUCUGUUCGAAUACUUUCUAAUUAAUGUUGAGCUCUUUAGGUUUAAACUGUGAUGUAAAGAAUGGAUGUGUCCCCAGAUUGAGAUUGGACCAUGACAUGACACAUGUAACCCUGUGUGAUCUGGACCCCUGGUGCAGUGUGAAGGCUCUGCAGCUCACACAGGGUUCCAUGGAUCCGACGUCAUGUUCCUGUGGGCCAACACCAGCUGACGGUUACCCCAGCUCUGUGUUUUCAUCCUCAGUGGCUGGUGUUCAGCUCAAAUGGAAACUUUCUUUAGUCCCUGUUCCCUUUUCCUUUGUGAUGUCAGAAUUUGUUUCAUUGAUUCAUGGUAGCAGAAGAUCACAGAUCAAAACUUCCUCCUGCAUCAUGUCUGGCAGAAGUGUUUUAGAAAGCUGCCUGGGUGUUAGCAUCUCACUGUCCUCAGGGAGGGAUCUGUCUGCAGGGAAAGCUCCUGUUCUAUCACAGCAGGUAUGAUCUGGACAUCAACAAUGGGUGCAGCACUGUGGAGAAAAACACAUUCUGUAGUGAGACUGACCAUAAACAAUAUUUAGCUCAAUGUUUUUACGGUUCAUUUUUUCUCAACACUUCUGUGAAAAGCAUACGCCGGGUUAAACAUACCUCCUUAUUUUUGUUCCCCUAUCAUCAGGGUGUCGCUGUCCCUGACUUGUGACACCAGAUUGUCUGUCCAGUGUGCAUAAGUGGUUUUUGUAGAAUGUCUUGCCCACUAGCUGGUCUUUUUCUACUUCCUGACACUUUGAAAGUCUAUGUGAACUGUAAAACCUUUUUAACAUUAAAGAUUACAAUCUUUACCGAGAGAGAGCUUCUAGAUUUAUAAAAGGAACAUUUUUAAAAAGGACAUGGAGAAAUAAAAUAAAAAAAGAAUUUUCUGAAAAUGCUUUAAUAGCUUUUUGUAAAGCCAUAAACUGUUCGACAAGUUAAAGGAGCUGUGCGACUUCAAUAACAAAAACAGAAACCACACUACAGCAGCCUGCGAGCGAUCUUUUCAUGUGAGAUCAGAAGGGAACACCUAUGCGCUCCCAGACAAAGGAGUGAUUAACUAGCCGUCUGCUGUGCAGCAGACCUGCUGCUGGUUGAACGCCCCUCUUUGCCUCAGUGUUUCAGCACAUGUUCUGGACUCUGUAAUGACGGUGAAUAAAUUAUUAUGAAGUAAUGAUGGAUUUUCAGUUUUCUGUAAACGAUCUGUUGCUUUAAUAAAAGGUUUGGGACAGCUUG